AUGGCAGCGGAUGAUGACUACUAUGCAUUUGACAACGAAUCAUUGCUGCGGUCUCGCACCAGCAACAAUUCGAAAGUACAGAGAGGAGACUCGCUAGUAAGACGUGACAGAAAUGAUUUCACAGACCCGUCCAAUCCUCAUCACUAUUAUGCUCAAAAGACCCAAGAACAGCGCCGGAAUGGACAGGUCCGUGUCCAGGAGUCCAUUCCUUUAGCAGAUCUUAAUUUGAAUCGCCACAAAAGCACUCCUUCAAGAUCAAAAAGAUCAGAUCUUUCGUUUUGGAAAGUUUACUGCUAUGUCAUCACAUUUUGGGUUCCUGCACCACUCUUGUCGCUUUUUGGUAUGGACAAGAAAGAGCGUCAGUUUGCUUGGAGAGAAAAAAUGGCCCUGCUUUCGGUCAUCAUUUAUGCCGGUACAUUUGUCGCGUAUCUGACUUUCGGUUUCACGAAGACCGUUUGCAGCAGCCAAGUGCUCCGUUUACGAAACAAUGAGGUUUCAGCCAGUUACUUGAUUAUCAAUGGUAAAUCUUAUGGGCUCGAUCAUUCAUCUCAUCCAGCAGCCGCGGGUAUUGAUGCUGGCACCAACGUUUUGUGGCCGCCUAUAAACGCAGGAGGGAUGGACGCUUCGUUUUUAUUUCAAAACGUGAACGGUAAUUGCAAGGGUAUCAUCAAACCUAAGAGUAAUUGUACUAUUCCUCAUGAUGACGACGGAAAUCUUGCAUGGUAUUUUCCCUGUAAGGUAGUUGCACAAGAUGGCUCAACGAAACCUAAUUUCACCAAAAGUGAAUAUUAUGAUGGUUGGGCUUGCCACACCUCGCAAAGUGCGCGUGAUGCUUUCUAUUCGCUUGACGUCGCUGCAGACGUAUACUUUACCUGGGGUGAUAUUCAAAACUCCACUAGAAAUUUAGUUGUUUACAACGGGCAUGUGCUUGACUUGGACCUUUUGAACUGGCUGCAAACCACUGAUUUAGAUUACCCACCAUUGUUUGACCAGCUAAGGGACUCCAAGCUUCAGGGCUAUGAUAUCUCAUUGGUGUUGUCGGAUUCAUUUGAAAGAAAAGUUGCCAGAUGCUUGUCCGAAACUAUCCGGGUUGGCGAAAUUGAUUCUUCUACCAUCGGUUGUUUGGCCUCUCAAGUGGUACUGUAUAUAUCUCUCGUGUUCAUCCUAGCAGUGGUUCUCCUCAAAUUUCUCAUUUCAUGCUACUAUAGAUGGGUCGUUGCGAGGCGGCAGGGUGCUUCUACCGUCAGCAACAAGAGUUUGAAUCAACACGCACAGGAUAUUGAAGAUUGGUCAGAGAAUAUUAAUGCUAGAGGGCCAAUCAAAAAUUUUGAACCCUCUAAUAGACCAAAAGGACACCGUAGAAUGUCUACACUUGACCUUAUCAAGCGUAAUUCUAUGAUGCUCCUCAAUGACAAUUCCGAUUCAGGAGACAAGUUCCGCGGUAUGACCACCAUGACUACUCAGUCGUACCUGAAAUCCAACAAUCCCCACUCGGAUCAAUCUGGUGCUCCUUUCCAAUCGCCUUUCACCAACGACCUGACCUCUCCAGUUAACAACCUGGAUACAUUGGAUGCAACUAUUAUUCACCCUGAUGCCGUUGCUCAACCUCCGGUAGAUUUUAUGCCUAAUGGUUUCCCGCUAAUCCACACUAUUUGUUUUGUCACCUGCUACUCUGAAGAUGAGAGCGGCCUUAGAACAACUUUGGACUCUCUCUCUACAACGGACUACCCUAAUUCGAAUAAACUACUGAUGGUCGUUUGCGAUGGUAUGGUCAAAGGCUCUGGAACUGACCUAACUACUCCAGAAAUUGCACUCAGUAUGGUUGAAGAUUUUGUCAUUCCCCCCGCAGAGGUUGAACCUCAUUCAUAUGUCGCCGUUGCAUCUGGGUCUAAGAGACACAACAUGGCUAAAGUUUAUAGCGGCUUCUACAAAUAUGAUGAUGCUACUAUAGAACCUGAUCUUCAGCAAAGAGUUCCUAUGAUUGUAAUUGUUAAGUGUGGUACCCCAGAUGAGCAGGGAUCGGUUAAACCCGGAAAUAGAGGUAAGCGUGACUCUCAGGUUUUACUGAUGUCCUUUCUUCAAAGGCUUACGUUUGAAGAAAGAAUGACUGUGUUCGAAUAUCACCUGCUAAAAAGCAUUUGGCAAAUAACAGGUCUGAUGGCCGACUUUUAUGAGCUAGUUCUGAUGGUCGACGCUGACACGAAGGUUUUCCCGGAUUCUCUAACGCAUAUGGCGGCAGAAAUGGUGAAAGACCCUGAGAUAAUGGGACUAUGUGGUGAAACCAAAAUUGCCAACAAAAGAGACUCAUGGGUAUCGUGGAUUCAAGUUUUCGAGUAUUACAUCUCCCAUCAUCAGGCCAAAGCUUUUGAAACUGUCUUUGGAAGUGUGACAUGUUUGCCAGGAUGUUUCUCAAUUUACAGGAUUAAGGCCCCAAAAGGUGCUGAUGGCUAUUGGGUGCCCAUUCUAUCAAAUCCAGAUAUUGUUGAAAGGUACUCUGAUAAUGAUACUCAGACGCUACAUAAAAAGAAUUUGCUAUUGUUGGGUGAAGACAGAUUUUUGUCCUCACUGAUGUUGAAAACGUUUCCCAAGCGUAAACAAAUCUUCUUAUCCAAAGCUGCAUGCAAAACUGUCGUUCCUAAUCAGUUUAAGGUUCUCUUAUCACAAAGGAGAAGAUGGAUCAAUUCGACAGUUCAUAAUUUGAUGGAACUUGUUCUGAUCAAGGAUUUAUGUGGUAGCUUCUGUUUUUCUAUGCAGUUCGUCAUUGGUAUGGAAUUGAUCGGUACUUUGGUCUUGCCCUUGGCCAUUUGUUUUACCAUAUAUGUGAUUAUUUUUGCAAUCGUCUCACAUCCUACUCCGAUUAUCACAUUAGUAUUGCUUGGUGUGAUCUUAGGUCUCCCAGGUCUUUUGAUCGUGGUCACGGCCACAAGGUGGUCAUACUUGCUCUGGAUGGUCAUCUAUAUCAUCGCUUUGCCAAUAUGGAACUUCGUAUUGCCGGUUUAUGCAUUUUGGAAAUUUGACGACUUCAGUUGGGGUGAUACCAGAACUAUUGCCGGUGAAAAUAAGAAAGCUCAUGACGAAGAAGUAGGAGAAUUUGAUCACUCGAAAAUCAGAAUGAGAACUUGGAGGGAGUUCGAAAGGGAAGAGAGGUUGAAGUCAAAAGACCAAGGCCAAGGCCAACAUUCAAGGCUCGGUUCGAUUUUGAACUUGGAUCUGAUGCCGUAA